AUGCUGCGUUUCUCACUGUGGAGGCAGAAAAAGAAUGCAGGUAUUUUAGGAAUGAAGAGAAAAAUUAAGGACAGUGAAGGAGCAGAAUGCAGAAAGUUGAAACUGAAGUGGGAUGACAAAAUUUUGUCGCUACAUAUUUUUGACUUAGUUCCAAGAAAUAAAAACAAUGCAGAAAUGCUAGAAAUGAAAAGUAUGAAUAUAAUUAAAGAUAUGAGUAAAAUAAAGUACGAUUUUGUAAUAUUCGGUAUAGGAUAUGUAGAUUAUGAUAAAAUACUAAAAUCUUUUAAUAGAGCUGAAUUGGUGAGAAGAAAAAUGAUUGACUCGAUACAUUCCAAUUUAAAAAAAGUGAAUGGUCAAUAUAUUUCUCUCAUCCAACAGUGUCUGCUUUUGAAUAUUCCUCACUUCUGCUUAGGUAGAGACAGAUUAACUGAAUUGGCUAGUAUCGGGACUGCUAUAUUUAGCAACCCUAAGGAAAUUUUCUCUUUGGUAUACUAUUUUCUUAUCAACAGCGAUAAGACAAAUAUAAAUAAUAGGGACAUAUCUGACGAAAGUUGGAAGAAGAAAGAUGAUAUGGAAUUAAACUUAGAAAACAAUUCCCCUCAUUUUUACCACGCACUAGUCGCAGAAAAUGCCCUAUACCUUAUUUAUAAUUUACACGCAAUUCUUUUAAAAGUUUUAAAAUCCCAUUUUUAUGUGCCACCAAAUGACAGUUUCAAAAAUAGUAAUAAUAAUAAAUAUGAUACAAAUAAUUUAAACAAAAAAAAUUUUAAAGAAAAACUGUGUUCUUUUUUUAAGGAAACAACGUAUGAUCAAAUAAAUGCAUUUCGAAAUCAAAUAAAUAAAACGCAGUUAUAUUCGGAUUAUGAAUUAUCUUCAGAAAAAAAAGACAUUAAAAUUUUAAUUAUUUGUGAUGCUAUAUGUGUUGAUUAUUUUUGUAAUUAUGUAAAAAGUAAUUUACAUUUGUGGAAAAAUGUUUCUCCGUUUUACCAUGAAUUAUUUGUACUGGAAAAAAAAAACACAUACAAAUUUGCACUAUCUCUUUUUUUAUUUAUUAUUGCACCCAUAGCAUGGAUAGUUACUUUUCUGUUAAAAUAUUUGUAUCAUCUGUGGGUUGAAUAUUUCACAAAAGGAAAGGUCAUUACUGUAGGCGGCGAUAUAUUCUUUCAAGAUUCCAAAUUAAUUGACAUUAAUGACGAAAAUUCAGAUUCAUCUAAAAAUUACGAACAAAUUUUCAGAUCCAUUCAUCCUAAUAAAGAACAGUUUGAGACAGUCAGCUUAUUAGGGGGUCUUUUACAAUGGUUUAAAAAUAAAAGUCGCAGUUAA